UAUUUACUCAGCCUGCCUUCACGUUCGAUUACUUAACAGCUUACAAAAUUAUACCAUCAAUCUGUAAAGUAAUGUUACACAUAGUUUGUGCCGAGCUAUUUUAUACACUGUGUAAUAUAACUUCUUACGCUUAUUUGCGAUGUUGAAAAUUUAGACAUUUUGACGCAUAUGUCAUUUUUCAUGUGACAAGCCUUUGAAACACAUCUUUAUCAAGUGACCCAUUGAUAUAAAAUUUCCGUGAUAAAUUUACUUUAUUAAUAUAGAUCUGAUUUCUUAUUAAAUAAUUUUUUAAAGUAAAAAUAUAUCCAAGCAGUUCACUGUGAUUUAAUUUAUCAUUUCGUUUGUUUGAUAUUUGUAAUUUUAAUUACAACGGAUACUUCAUUUUACGUUUGAUUUAUCUACAUGCAAUUCAUCUUAGUCAGUGCAAAACAGAUACAUAUACCAUUCGAUCAGUACGGACGAAAUCUACAUGCGGAUUCAUCCGGGACAAAAUGAUACUAUGCCUGAAGAUCCGUCGCAUGCUACAAUUACGAUUGAAAGUACGGAUCCUGACACUAAUGAGAAACACAUUAGUCGUUAUACCUGUGAAUAUGAUGGCUGCACAAGGACCUACAGUACAGUUGGCAAUCUCCGCACGCACAUGAAAACACAUAAGGGUGAAUAAAUUCUUAUUUCAGUAAAUUAAUGUUGGCCAUUCUCAGGAAUCCCCAAUAUUCUUUUUCCCCAAUGGCUUUUAAACCAUUUACUUACUCACGUGAAUUUAUUUUACAGCAGCUGUUGAUACCGUUUAUUGUUAUCAACAUUUUUAUGAACUUGAUUUUAACAUCGAUCGCUUUUAAAAGCGUGUGUUUAUUAAUAGCAUUUCAUUUUUGUAACAGCUAUCGAGAGAAAUACACUGUUCUAUUAUUAGAUUUAAUUCAGAGAGUUGGUAUUCUGCCCGUUAGGAAUACCCGUAAUAUUCUUAGAGAUCCCCAUUUUUAUAUUCUUCUAACAUUAAUUUAAAAUAAGUGUCAUUGGCAAUGGGUAGCUUUAAUGUGUCUUUGAGCACCGGGUAAAUGUGCCUUAAAUUUUGCCUGUGCUUUUUCUGUGUGAACAAAGAUAUUUGUUGGUUUUUUUUUUGCUUUUCAGUGACUAACGGCUUAAAUCUACCACAUUGCUUCUGGUUAACUUUACCGUUCUCGUUUAACCCUGAAAUUGUUCCAUGAAUUGUUUUACUAAUCUACUUUUGAAUAAAUUUGGCUUUCCAAGGAUCGUCCUUGUCGGCGAGUAUCGAUUUAAAUGUGCAGAACCAGAUUGCGGUAAGGCAUUCUUGACGUCGUACAGCCUGAAAAUUCACAUAAGAGUUCACACUAAAAUAAAACCAUUCGAGUGUAGUCACGACGGCUGUGACAAAGCGUUCAAUACUCUAUAUAGACUGAGAGCUCACCAAAGAUUACACAGCGGUAACACUUUCAAUUGCGAAAAAACAGGCUGUUUAAAAUUCUUCACGACCCUAAGCGAUCUUAAGAAACACGUACGAACGCACACUCAGGAACGACCCUACAAAUGUCGAGAAACUGGCUGCGGCAAAGCUUUUACAGCUUCGCAUCACCUAAAAACUCACAAAAGGACGCAUACAGGUGAACGUCCGUACACAUGUUCCUAUACCUACUGCAAGAGGUCCUUUACUACUCCGCACAGCUUGAAAAGUCACAUUAAAACGCAUAAAAAGGUUGUUAAAAAUACAGUGAUGGUGCGGAAAGAAGAUAGUGAAGCUGUUAGAAAAGAGGAUGAAGAUGUGCAUUGUCGACCAGAGGCAAAAAUUGAGAUUAAAAAAGUCAGCAAUAGUGACGUACCGUUUUAUACCAUUAUACCUUUAAGUUUAGAGGAUGACUCGGAAGAAGUCGACCAGCUAGGCGACAGUCCUGUAAUUCAUGUUUCUAAAGACACCAAAAAUAAUGAUAAUCAUGAAGGUAGUUUCGGUUUGACGGGUCAUAGCCCACAACAGACUAGAUUAUCCGAUACAUCAACGUGCAAAUUUGAGUCUACUAAAAAUAAUGAACUCGUACUUUUAACGUCAAACAACGUUACUAUAAAUGAAUUCCCACAAAAUACUAUCAACGAGUUGAACAAUAACUGCGAAGAAUAUGAAAAAUUAGAAAUAUUCGAAUCCAUAUCUACAUCCGAUGGACAAAAUAAUGACAUACAAAAUAUUGCGAAUCGUGAAACAAAUGUAUCACUUCCGAUUUCUAUCGGCAAUGAUCACGACGCUGUUAAUAAUCAUAGCCAGAAGCACUCAGACCCACUUAAUUUACAACAAGAAAUUAUGCAAAAUGGCCUACAAAACACUAUUGCCCAAAUCUCUGUCUCUAAGAGUUUUUCUAACGCUCCAAAAAGGUACAAAAGCGACGGUCACACCAUUGAAACCGAUUUCGGAAAUCAGGGCUUGGCAAUUUGCCAGGAAAGUCCAACAUUUUAUAGCGCGAAUUCAAUCGCUAACGAUCCAUUGACUAUCAAUGGUACAGAAGAUAAUCAAAAAUUAUUUGACAACGAUCCGACGCACUAUGGCAAUACUGUGAAUGCAAAUAACAUUGGAGGAAACACUACGAAGCCAUUUGUGGAAAACGCGGCCGAUACUUCAGCUGAAAUAUACUCGACGAGAAAUAUUAAUGAAUCUGACAACCUCGCAGAUUCUACAACUCAUCAGAUUAAAUCUAAAGUUUUUUUGAAUUCUUCUGGAGUAUACUCUGAUUUUAUUUAUGGAACAAAUCAUUCUCAAAACUCAAACGAUCCAGGGACAGAACAAACCAAUGAACCAAUUCAUCCUAGUGUCCCAAUCAAGGAUGUGGUUAUCGCUGGGUCAAAGAUCCUCAAUGAAGUUGAAAACUCUGGAAUUUAUCCUCGUGAUAUUUACAAAUCUUCUGACACGAACGACAAACCUGAAAGUCUCUUGGCAGAUCCAAUGAAAAAAAACGAGCAUUUAGAAGCUCUGGAACUAGCUAUAGCUUCCGAAGAAGAAAUCCCGUCGCCUUGGAUCGAUGUAAUGGCUCUGGCAUCUGCGCCUUCUUUGAGAACAGAAUCUUGGUCUGAAUUCAACGCUUUUCCAACUGCUGUUCAUUCCCUUGUCGAUCUGGCUGGCCCUGAACCGUACCCUUUAGAACUUGGGACAGAAUUUCAGAGCAAUGUCAACCUGGUGCCGAUAGAAAAUGCUUGGGAAGAUAUUAGAGUAGUGGGCAGUACGACUAGUACCACGAGUAGUUCGUUGAAUAUAAAUAGUUCAAGCAAUAAAGUCGAUAGAAAUAUUUUACAAGCAAUCACAGCAGACGCCGAUAUAUGUAGAUGCGUAGAUUGCAAGUGUGACCAAGUUCAGAACUGUCAAAACUGCUACUCGUCAACCACUGUUGAAAAAAAUGAAAAAAUGAAUGACACCGGUAAUGAAACAAUGCAUUUACCGAGCGGAGGAUCUCGGCUACAGACUGAACAUUUGAAUAAUUUUUCCAACUACAAGUCUGAAAAAGAUAUCGACUAUACCAAAGAGUUGGAUUAUGAUAGCCACACGAUCAACAAAGACGUUUCGAUCCUCACGGAAUUUAAUGGCUACAAAAACACGUUUGGAACAAAAAAUGAUAACGAGGAAGGUAAGGACUGUACGUGCGGCUGUAUUUAUCAAAGUAUGGAGUCCGAAUUCAUGGAUAUAACAGGUAUGGAAAAUUUUAUAGAUAAAAAAACUUGCGAAUGUUUGGUACUUGAGAAUGGUACAAAAUUUUGCGACACUAUAAUCGAAAUUGAAAAUAUAAUUACAACUAAAAGUUUUCCGCAAGGUUCCGACAGCAUUUUACCAAAUAUAGUAAGUAAGAAAAGUGAUGAGGGCAACGAAGAUGAAACUACAGUAGAUACCGGUGUUGUAGAAAAAAAUGAAAUGUUGUCUUCUGUCUGCAAAUGUGCGAGUAAAUGUGUAGGCAAUUCAGAAACGAAAUCAAGUUGUAAAUGUGAUAAUAGCUGCGGUCAUUGUCAGACAAAAUCACCGACAGGGAUAAAUGUUAUGGAUAAAUUUGACGGAGGCGUAGUUGGCAAUAAAAAGAGUGGUUGCGGAUGUGGCUGUAAUGAUGACAAGAAUAAUAGUAAAUGUUGUGGAAAAAAAUCUAGCCAUAGUGGCACAGGAAUAGAAAAUAAAAUGAAGUCUAAUUGCUGUAACAAGGAAAGAAUUGUAUGCGAAAAAAAAGUCAACAAUUCUGAAACAGAAUCCGAAAUUGCCUGUCAAAGUCAAAGAAAUUCAUAUCAUGAUCCCGAUAUCUUGAGAGGCGAUGAGGCCUCUCAAAAACCACAAACUGCAGACCAGGGAAACGAAAUGUGUGCAAAGUUAACGAUGUGCAAUAAUUUAAAUGGUACAAAUUCUGAAAACUUUAAUAAUGAUACGACUAAGUCCGAAGAAUUUCAAUUAUCAAAACAUCGCGAACACAGCAAUACGAUAGCUUCUCUGUCAGUAGAAGGAAAUUGUAAUAAUCUAUCAACAAAAGCUAUGGCUGCUGAUUUCGCAACAUGUCUCGACAGCGACUGCUCGUGUGACUCUGGAUCAGGCGGAUGUAGAUCAUGUUGCGUUAUAGUGUGUCUUAAAACAUUGCAACAAUUGCAAAGGGUAUUUAGUCAGAAUUGUUGUAAAGAUAAAACACCUGGCGAUCGGAACAUAAUGCUGCCUGUGUCUUUGAUAAGAAAAUUAGCUGGAAACGAGUAAAUUUUCAAAUUUGGAUGAAAGAUCACUAGUCAUGUCAAAUAUAUAUAUUCAAAUCCAUAAAAUAGUAUCUCAUUUAUUGAAAAGUGUUUUAUAUUAUCUUAUUUUACUUGACAAUUUUACAACAAAAAAUAUUUGCCAUAAAAAACUUUGAGCUUAAUAGAGAAGUAAUGACUGUACAUAUUACAUACAUUUUUAAUGUACUCUACAUAGAGUCUUUGAGAUAGUAUACCUAAUUCGAUACCUAUACAAUUUUUGCAAUAUAAAUAAUAUCAGUAUUUAUUUCAACCAAAUAAAUAAAUAAAUAAAUAAAAUCUAACAAAUUGUUUACUAUAAACAAUGAAUAUUAUCGGUUCAUGUUAUUAUUUGAUAGUAACAUCAAUUUCAAAUACGUAUGAAAUUUUGGCUUUCAAACAGACAAAAAGAGAAAAAAAACGGCAGCUUCAGUUACGUUUUAUUAUCUUUAAUUUAUUUCACCAUUAGCAACCUCAACGCCAUUUAGGUGCAACCUUCGUUCUAAUUAGCAUGACGUUGAUUGGGAUUGUUUGCAUUAGUUUCAUUAUUUGUACAUUUUUUCAUACAUUUUGAAACUAAUUUCGACAGUCACCAUCUCACUCUCAUCUAUCGCUACCGAUCUAUCGUGUAACUGGUUUUACCUUUGAUCCAGAAGUGAUAUAUAUACAUAGUUCAAUCCAAAAUUCAAAUUCACUUGCAUGGAAUCAUUUUUUACGAUGAAACAAUUCGCUACUAAAAGAAUUUUGGCGUGAUAUCGAUUGCUCGUAUUCUCAACUGUAACAUGUAAAUUUGAAUAAUGUUACAAACGUAACGAUAACUUUAUUUGACAGCCUGACGUUUAUCUUAACUGUUCGUUGUUUCGAGAAUUAUUUUAUAUAAUUCUAAUUUCGUUAUUUUUGUUUACAUUUAUGAAUAAUCUAGGAUUGUAUUGUUAUUAUAUUAAAAUUAGACAUCACUUUAUUUACUGAAGUCACAAUAAACAGAGCUUACGAUAAUUCGUGA